AAAAGACGUUGCAGGAAGAAAGAUGAUGAUACUUCCCUUUCAAAAGUGUCCUUCUGUCCACAGCCGGACGAGCCCUAGCCUGUCAGAAGCAGAAAUAAACACUCAAUAGCAACUGCUAGCGAAAAGACCACUGCUGGGGUAAACAUGAGAAACCUUCGCAGCUCCAAAAAGACCAAGGAUGUUAUAUGACAAAGAAUUCCAGCUCACACUUCAGAUCAGACGAAACACCACGUGAAAAAAAUGUUCUGAAGUAUGAAAAACACCUAAAAUAAAUUCAGCCAAAUCUUGGAAAAUUAAGUAAGCUAGCGGCCUGCAGAAAACUGCCCCGACACAGUGUCAGCUGCAGGUUCUCCCAACAACCGCAGACGUGCUCGCGCCACGGGGGGUUCAAGGACUCGACGCUUCCCCAGGUCCUGCCGGGCAGCAGCACAGCCUCCAGCAGCGCUCCACCUGAGAACGCAUGAGCUUUCUUGGUAAAGAAAGACGAUGUUUUGUUUAGAGUCUCAGCCGACAUCUGUUAGGGGCCCCUGCGGUUCCUUCGACAUUCCCUAUGUGAUCGUAAAGAACCAUUUUUGGGCGGGAGAGAGGCAGAGAUGGCAGACGAGAUCGCCAAGGCUCAGGUCGCUCGGCCUGGUGGCGACAUGCUCUUCGGGAAGAUCAUCCGCAAGGAAAUCCCAGACAAAAUCAUUUUUGAGGAUGACCGGUGCCUUGCUUCCCACAACAUUUCUCCUCAAGCACCAACACAUUUUCUGGUGAUACCCAAGAAACAUAUAUCCCAGAUUUCUGCAGCAGAAGAUGAUGAUGAAAGUCUUCUUGGACACUUCAUGAUUGUUGGCAAGAAAUGUGCUGCAGAUCUGGGCCUGAAGAAGGGUUACCGAAUGGUAGUGAACGAAGGCUCAGAUGGUGGACAGUCUGUCUAUCACGUUCAUCUCCAUGCUCUUGGAGGUCGGCAGAUGCACUGGCCUCCUGGUUAAGCACGUUUUGGGGAUAAUCUUCCCUUCUCUAGGCAAUGAUUAAGUUAGGCAAGUUCCAGUAUGUUAAGUGGCACACUUAUUUUUGCCUGUGUAUGGAGAGAUUCAAUAAAUAAUUUUCAAACCAGAAAAAAAAAAAAAAACAACCAUUUUUGGCUUU